AUGAGCCGCUGGCAUGAGUCCUCCUGUGAAACUCCCAAAGUCUUCCUCAAAGGUGGUGCGCCCCAUUGCAGCACAUGUGGAGCCGGCUUUUCCCAAGAGGUAGCGCUCAAGGCGCAAACUGCAGCCAGCGCACCUCCUCCAAUACCCCCAGACGAGCCAUGUGGACGACUGAACCUCCGUUGGCCUCCAUCCGUUCUGUAUACGGGAUCUGAUGAGAUAUCGAAGUUAUAUACGGGAGCGGAGUUCUCAAGAAUUUCAGCCUCCGCAACGCCUCACUCAUUGAUAUACGGAACCAAGCUGCCACGAGACAAAAUUCGAUUAGCCUGUUUAUCCCCAUCGGGGGAGGAGAGCGCUCCUAUUCAUCUUGGGCUUGAGAACCAUAUUUUGGCUAACAGUCUGGAGUACGAGACGGUCUCGUAUAUGUGGGGAGGCGAAGAUGGGGAUUACACCACAUACAAGCCGGUGUAUAUUGGGCCUUAUUGGGAUGUCAUAAUGCAAACGAGGAAUUGCCAUGAAAUGCUCAGGACGGCCCGGCUGGCACGAAAGCCGCGAAUCAUCUGGGUCGAUGCGAUCUGUAUCAACCAGCAGGAUGACGUGGAACGUUCAGAACAGGUUGCGAACAUGGCCAAGAUCUACGAACAAUGCUCGCGAGUCAUUGUCUAUCUAGGGCAAGACCUUGUCAUUCCAGUGGAAUCGGACUCGGUGCUCCCUCGGCGCCGUUUGCAUGAGCUUGAAUCUGACCCUGUCUUUCUCUCUUCCAGUCGACAGAUAACGCUAGCAGGCAUUCUGAGUCGCAGAUACUUUAGUCGAGUCUGGGUGAUUCAGGAACUAGUUCUUUCGCAGCGUGCGAUCAUUCGCAUUGGGACCUGUGAAGCCUGGGCUGACUCGCGUACUUGGCAUAGUCUGUCGCGCUCCUGGAGGUGGGACUCGACCGGCGCUCCCUGGGUCCAACAUAUGGCUCAAAAAGCCGUCCCAGUCCAGAAUAUUCUUGGUGUGCUGCGUCUUGUUUCGAAGUCGCAAGCAUCAGACCCGAGAGACAAGCUAUUUGGUGUAAUAGGUCUGUAUCCAGACGGUGCUUCAGAACUACCGCCUGAUUACUCUAUAUCAGUUCAGCAUGUGCUCACAGGAUUUUUCGCGUAUUGUAUCAUAAGGCUAAAGGAAUCACACCUUUUCUUCCGUGCUGCUGGUCUUGACGCGCCUGCGUCGACCCCUUCUUGGGUCCCCAACUGGGCUACUGACUGGCCCAUUAUCUUCACUGAGCCCGACGUUCAGACUGCCGAUGCGAUAAGUUGUAUCAAGGAUUGGCUAGGAACUGAUCGUUUUGCCCCUCUCCAGCCAGACCCUCAAGUACGUGGCUGGCAGGAUGACCAGCUUUCGACCUGGGCGAAAGAUCUCUUCCGGAGGUGCCCCUGGUACCAUAACGCCACUGUUAAUGCUAAUACGGGUGCUUUGUCUAUCUACCUAACACACUUUUGCGCUCUGUCGCAUCGGCCACGCCAAGUACCUCUCAAAACUAAAUCAUGGUCUUCAAUCUUUGACUUUUGCGGCCCAAAGACCCGCUUCUUUUUGGUCUCCGAGUAUCCUCUCGAUACACUUAUAGAACCAGACCACGAUUUUUUACGCAAAGUCGACAACUUGAACACGUAUAAGCUCGUUGCCGCCUGCACACACCUUUUCCUAGCAGACUUCAGCCCAACCGUUCCGGUGUCGAUCAAUAGCACCCCGUUCCAACUUGAUCUGGCCCGCGCAUUGCUCGAAGCGAAGAUGUCUGACGUCAAAAUGGAAGGCGUGGCCACUUUCUUCCCAGGUGCAAUCUGCGGCUGGGACACCUUCCCAACAUACUAUGGAAUGCAUGAUCAGAAGAACCAUUCAUCCGCUGGAUUCCGGGCCGCGUACCUCUCCUGCAUCGAUCCUCAAUACCGCCCGCGCAUUGUUGACGACUUCAUUAUUCUCUCGUUCACGUCGAGACCUAAGAAUUGGCCGAACACCCGUUCGGGAUACGACACCACCCGCAGCAUCGCAAUCCGGGCACCGGGAAAGCUCGCGUUUUAUCAGGUGCCGGGCAACUGGCAGAAACAGCACCUGGGAAGAUGGGUAGACGACACCUUCGACUAUAAGCUUUCUAGCGGGAAGUUGGUGAGGAAACCUGCCCGUUUCAAGUUCGGAGGUCCCUUAUCCGCAGUGCAUGUCAGAGCCCCAAUGAAGUUUGUAUGGGAGGCUAUGAAGUGCUGGUUCUCCUGUCUGGCGGAUAUUCACCGGAUUCUGGGCUGUAGCAUUAGUGAGCUGGAGAGCCUGCUCCGAUAUGGGUCCAGUGAGGAAGAACACCAUCUCAUAGGCAGUGUUCCCGGCGACUUUAGGGAUUUUGCGGGCGAUGGACGCACAUAUCAAGUUCAGAUUGUGUAA